UACAGGCUUCCGUCUUCCGCGCCGCUGGUGUUGUGAGGGGAGCGGAGCCGGGAAUUCGGUGGAAUUCGCUGCAAGGAUGGUGUCGCUGCUGCCGCGCAUCGAGCGGCUCUCGUCGCGGGUGGUGCGGGUGCUGGGCUGCAACCCGGGGCCCAUGACUCUGCAGGGCACCAACACCUACCUGGUGGGCACCGGGCACAGAAGAGUCCUGAUUGACACCGGAGAGCCAGCUAUUCCUGAAUAUAUCAGCUGUUUAAAGCAGGCACUGUCAGAGUUCAAUGUCUCUAUUCAAGAAAUUUUAGUGACACACUGGCAUCGUGAUCAUACUGGUGGAAUACCUGAUAUCUGCAAAAACGUCCCGAAUGACUCGGCAUAUCGCAUCUCUAAGCUCCCUCGUGUCCCUCACUGUGAAGAAACAAUAGAAGGAGGACAUAAAUAUUUUUAUCUUAAAGACGGAGAUGUGAUACAGACAGAGGGAGCCACACUCAGAGUUUUAUAUACACCAGGACACACUGAUGAUCACAUGAUUUUACAUCUAGAAGAAGAAAAUGCUGUGUUUUCUGGUGACUGUAUUUUAGGGGAAGGAACAACAGUAAUUGAAGACCUGUAUGAUUACAUGAAAACUUUGAAAAGGUUGUUAGAAAUGAAACCAGAUUUGAUAUAUCCAGGUCAUGGCCCUGUAGUACGUGAUGCAAAUACUAGAAUCCAAAACUACAUUUCUCACCGAAUUGCACGUGAACAGCAAAUUAUAAAUGUGUUCCAGAAGAAUGCUGGAAAAUCAUACACAUCCUCAGAGCUUGUAAAGAUAGUAUACAAGGAAAUCCCUGAAAAUUUACUUCCAGCAGCAGAGAAUAACCUCUUAGUCCACUUGAAGAAGCUGGAAAAAGAAGGAAGAGUGUUACGUGACGAAACUCCCAGCUUCAGAUGGAAAAACAAUUUAUAAGUUACACAAGAUUGCUCAAGAAUGUAUUUAAUCUGCACAAUUGCUCUAUGAAAAAGUAUAAUGAUGAGCUCAGCCUAUAUGUAAAGUAAAAACUUAUUUUUACUUAUUUUUUUAAAAAUCAGUAACACAGUUUUAAAGCAAUGUUACAGUCAGUUAACUAAUGUUUUUCAUAUUGUACUUCAUAGGAAUUUUAAAAAUAUCCUGAUAGGUACUGAGUUAAUAUAAUGGAAUGAGCGUGAAGAACCAAAUCUUACCUUUGUUACAAAAUGCCCGGUUUUAUCAUCGGUGGCAGAAGACAAAUAGCAAGGUCUUAUGAACUUAAUAUUACGAUAUCGUAAAGAAAUAUAAUAAACUUUAUAAAUCAGAUAUAUCAAAAACCUCUAGUAAAAAGAAGAGAAAAUAUGUUAUUCUAAACCUGUUUUCAUUUGCUAGUGCUUCUCAAAAAGUGACUUUUUUUGUGAAUUUAUCUGUACAUUCUAAAAAACCAAGUUAUUUCUAUUCUAUUAAUAGAUGUAAAUACUGGGGUUAUGUUCCUUUUCUAAUUUAGCUGACUGUGCUCAUCUUUCCUGGUUGCUCACUGCUAUAGGUUUUAACAAACACUGAAAGUAAUUUCAGGCUUCUCUGUUUUCUGGUGGAAACACUAUUUCUAUGGAAUUCAUUCAGAGGAUUCAGUAAUUUUAACUAACCAGUGUCAAAAAUGCAGAGUUGCAGUAGGAUCUUAAAUUCUUUAUCUUCAAGAUUCUGCAAGAAUGUGAUUAUAAAAUCUAUAUAAAUUGAGAUAUGUAUUACACACCAUAUGAAGUUAACCUUCUCUGUUACAUCAUAACUAACAGUCUUCAAGUUUUCCUGUUAAAUCCACUUAAAUUACAAAUAUUUUAACUAAAGGUUGUAUUUGAUUGUAAGUGUAUUAAAGUGUAUUAAAAUACAAUGAUGAUUAAUUUAAACUGUGAGUUCUCUGUGUAGCUUACACCUGAAGAAUAGUGCAUAAAUAUUUGCAUUACUUUGUGUGUUCAAAGUGUGUGGGAUUUAAUGAUACAUACACUUCUUUCAAUGUUGGUUCAACCCUAAAAAAUAAAAGCAGAUAUGAAAUGUUUUGAAACUA